UAAUGAAAAUUCAGGAACAAAAAAUUUCUAAUCUUGAAAAGAAGUGAAAAUUAGGGAUGAAGCUUUGGCCCGUCAAAGCGCAGCGGUGAUGAAACUGGAAAGAAUUGUCCAACAACAGUCUCAGAAAAUUUCAAAACUAGAGCUUGAUGCGAGCGAAAGAAGUGUUAAACUGAAAACGAAACUGAAAUAUUUCGAAGAAAAAUGUAAGUUGAACUGUUGUAAAUUUGACGGCAGCGUUUCAAAUUAUUCUAAUUCCAUGGAUAGUAAAUCGAUUUCGCCAGUUGAAUCGAAAGAGGCCUCAAUGAAAGGACACCCAGACCAGAUGACGAAAAAACGUUUACCGAACAGAGAAAUUAGAAGAGAUCUUUUCCCAAGGCGGACAGCCAGUGCCCAUGUGUCUUUCUCUGCAUACUUAUCUUACUUUCAAGAACAUUUAGGAGUACAUCAAGUUGUCAAGUUCAACAGAGUAAUCACAAACGAUGGUAAUGCCUAUAACUCGCAUACCGGUGUGUUCACCGUACCAGUAACUGGAACCUACAUGUUCAUUUUCUAUGUCUGCUCUUCUAACACCAAUGUUCAGUUCGAUUUGGUGGUUGACGAUUCCAUAAAAGCGUCCGGAGUGGCCAAACCAUCUCCUUUAGGACAGAGCAAAGAUGUCCAAGGCGGAGGUGCGGUCAUCCUUAAGUUGAACCAAGGGGAAUCUGUAUGGAUAGAGAAUAUAGCAGCCGACAGUGCAGUAUAUAGCAGAGGCGAUGAUAGAUGGGUGACAUUUUCUGGAUUUGUAGUGUAUUAG